CUAACAAAACCACAAAAUUUUGGUCUGACAAUUGCGCUAAACAUUUCCUACUGGUAAAUCAAUAAAAAUGGAGUUAAUCAAAGUAAUAUAUUUUAUGCAUUGAUUGUGUUCCUAUUUUGUUUUUGGUCUGUGGCCGUCGACUUUUCUGUGGUGCCAUACUUAGUGUACUUUCCAUCUAUUUAUCCCUUGGAUAAUUAUGUCACCCAAUAGAUUGAACCAUAAUACUGGAGAUAAAACAGAUCUUGAGGGUGAAACUUACAUGGGACCUCGACGCCAACACUAUUUGUAUGCUAAAUGUCAAUUGUGUAUUAACUUGUUCAAAUGGUUGCCUGUUAUCUUCAUAACUUCGGUACUAGCAUGGGGCUAUUAUGCAUAUGUAAUCCAAUUAUGUUUAUUCAAUAUGGAUUCUGUGAUACUUCAAAUAGUUUGCUUAACAUUUUUUCAUUUUCUUUAUAUAAUGACUUUUUGGUCAUAUUUUCAAACAAUAUUCACAAAACCAGGAAUUAUUCCUAAAAAAUUUUGGUUAACAACUCGUGAUAGUGAGCGCUUAACUUCGAAUGAUGAUAGACGUGGUCAAAUAAUUCAACAGAUUUCUUACGAAAGAGGAUUGCCAAUAAGUUGUCUUGAUGCCACUGGAUCUCCUCGUAUUUGUGACAAAUGUAAUAUAAUUAAACCAGAUCGAGCUCAUCACUGUGCUGCUUGUAAUACUUGUGUCCUUAAAAUGGAUCAUCACUGUCCAUGGGUUAAUAACUGUGUAUCAUUUACAAACUACAAAUUCUUUGUACUAUUUCUUGCCUACGCAUUUUUCCUGUGCUUAUUUACGGCUGCAUCAUCAUUACAUUAUUUUCUACUUUUCUGGCGGAAUCAAUUAACAAACGACGGACGAUUUCAUAUACUUUUCCUAUUUUUUGUAUCAAUUAUGUUCGCUAUUUCUCUAGUGAGUCUAUUUGGCUAUCAUCUUUACCUAGUAACUCUGAAUAGGUCUACUCUUGAAUCCUUCCGGCCUCCAAUGUUUUCUCUUGGACCCGAUAAAAAUGCGUACAAUUUAGGUCGAUAUCAAAAUUGGAUUCAAAUAUUUGGUAAAAGCAAAUUAAAAUGGUUCAUUCCGAUUUAUACAAGCCUCGGUGAUGGUGUUAUUUAUCCAUCUAAAGCCUCACUGGAAGACUUUGAAUCAAGCUCUGGCCAUAAUCAGUCUACACAGUAUUUUGUUCAACAACAGAAGUCUCAACAGCAACAACUUGAUGGCAGCUCUGAAAGAACCCUUGAUCAACAUCAGCCAUUACAUCAAAGUAACCAGCAUCAACAACCGCAACAACAAACCGCACCUUUUAACGCAAAGUUAACCACCCAUUCAGCCUAUGACCUUUAUGAUGAUCAAGAGCCUAGCAAAGACGGUCCUGAAUCUCCACCAUUAGAUUUUGCAAUUUCCAUAGAUAAAAAUAAAGAUCACCAGGAACCACAAGAAUUUAAAGGAUCUGACCCAUGUCCAGCUUAAGUCGAUUGUCUGCCAGUUUAGUCGCUCAUUCUCAUCAGUUAAUAAAAGUUGACAUCAAGAAACCGUUAACAGCCUAGAAUACCAUGGAUGUAACCACAAAAAGCUAGUGACCUGAAAUAUUACCCACCAAGACAAAGCAAUAAAAAUAAAAGGAUUGAAUAAGGUUAUCCACCAAUAAAGCAGAAAAUGCAAGAAACCAACAACAAACCCUUAUCCCGAUAGAAUCACAAAUUGUUGAUAAAUUAGAAUGCAAAUGUGGAUCAAUUUUUGCUAUCUUCUUAUUCAAUUAUGACAAUAUACUAUUAUAAUUUUACAUUUUUGUUUAUUAUCCUCUCUAUUUCUUCCUCUCUUUUUGCUUUCUGCCUUCUUUCAUCUCAUCAAUUUCCACCCUGUGUAAUUUACCAGGGAUAGACUAUUUUAAGACUUUCUUUGCCUUAUCAUUUUUUUAUAUAACAAAAUAUGAACUGCAAUCAAAACAAAUAAAGCAAAAACAAACAAAAUUGUCCAA